AUGGAUUCCAACCGGGUAGGGAACGAUGAAUAUCUAGUUGCUAGUGGUAUGAGAGCAGGACUCCAAGAAGCAGGUCCAGAACCCCCAUUAGAUUUAAGCCAUCAUUUUUCUCGAGUAACGGUUGCACGACAAGAGAGUGCUGUCAAACAGUUCUACAAGUUCUUCCAGAUUCCCGGGAUUGGUAAUUUGGCUGGAGGUCUUCCCAAUGCAUCAUUUUUCCCCUACGAUACCUUAGAAGCACAAAUCGCACGCCCUGAAAGAUUUAAGCCUACUCCAAAUGGUCCAGAUGAGAUUGAAGCGCUUUCGGCCAAUCUUGCAGCGACAUCUAUCAAAAAGUCAUCUGUAGAAGCAUCAAGACAUAUAGUAGUUCCUCAUUCAUCGGCAACACCAAAUCCUCUGCAGAAGAUUGAUUUAACGACUGCUUUGCAAUAUGGUCAGGCUCAAGGAUAUCCACCACUGUAUUCUUUUGUUCGACAAUUUGCACUCGAAAACUUACAUCCAAAUAUACCAUAUAAAGGGGGUGCUGAGAUCGUCUUAACAUGUGGAUCGACUGAUGGAUUCUCGAAAGCUAUUGAAGCUUUGACUAAUGCUUGGAGCGAGGAGAGAGAUUGGAUUAGAGAAAGACCUGCCAUACUUUGCGAAGAGUUCGCCUAUAUGACUGCUAUUCAAGCUUGCAGACCAAGAGGUAUACAAGUAGUUCCAGUUAAGAUUGAUCUUGAGGGAAUGAUUCCGACAGGUCCUGGUAGUCUUGAAGAUGUACUUGAGAAUUGGGAUGAAUCAAAGGGUAGACGACCUCAUAUGAUGUAUACUAUCACCAUUGGUCAGAAUCCCACCAGUGGUACCCUGUCUAUUUCGAGACGCAAGGAACUUUAUGCCAUUUGCAGUAAGUACGAUGUAAUCAUAAUUGAAGAUGAUCCAUAUUGGUAUCUUCAAUUUCCAUCUGCAGCAGGACUGCAAGCAGAGGCUCGCAGUGAGACUUUACCAGAGCCAGAGCCCGUGCAUACAUUCAAGAACUCUAGUGGCUAUCCAUAUCUCGAUAGCCUUGUUCCGUCAUACUUGAAUUUCGAUGUCGACGGACGUGUUAUUCGUCUUGAUACAUUUUCGAAGACGGUGGCUCCAGGAUGUCGUCUAGGUUGGAUGACUGCUCAACCAGCUAUUAUAGAGCGAAUGCUGCGUAUCACAGAGAGUACCACAGCACAACCAUCUGGAUUUGUUCAAGCAAUGAUCGCGGAAUUAGUAAUGGGUCCUCAAGAAGCCACGGCUGAAUUCACUAAGAAGCCCCGGAACGAACAACUCGCAUUUGCAGGCUGGAAAACUGAUGGUUGGGUACGUUGGUUGGAGGGUUUGAGAGGCACGUACGAAAGACGCAUGAACAAAAUGUGUGCGGCGUUGGAAGAUGGCCGCUAUUACGUUAAGCAAGGCACCUCUAAACAAAUAUCCGAUUCCGAAUGGGCCGUCAUCACGAAGACAAAAAUGUAUUCCUUUGAUUGGCCACGAGCUGGAAUGUUUGUAUGGAUUCACAUGCAUUUCGACACUCAUCCUCUAGCCAAACAAGUAUCUGGAUCCAAACUUGCCCAAGUCCUAUGGAUCUACUUGACCAUGAAACCCUACCUCGUAUUAGCAGCUCCGGGUAAAAUCUUUAGUCCUACACCAGAAAUUGCCGAGGAGAGGGGAUGGCAAUAUUUCCGAUUGUGUUUUGCGGCUGUGGAGGAAGAGGAGGUUGAGAAGAGUAGUAAGAGGUUUGCGGAGGGAGUGAGGGCUUUUUGGAUGAUUAAGAAGAAAGAGGAAUUGGAUGAUAUUGAUGUGGAGAGUAAUGCUGGGGCUAGGGAGGGUGAAUUGAGGGAUUUGGGUUUAGGCUAUGGUAUGGAGUUUGGGUCUGGACUUGUUCUGGGAAAUAGAAAUAAAUCUUAA